AUGACAAUUGGGAAAGAAUGUGCUGUCUUGGUCAAUGCAGAAAAGACAAGCAAUCAGUAUAACAAUAAAGCUCAGCAAGGAAGAUAUAGCAUAAAGGAUGACACCCAGAGGGGACUUGUCAGCAUCACUAUGGAGAAGCUCACAGUACAAGACUCUGGAGAGCAUUGGUGUGCCAUUUAUGAUCAUUUGCACCUCUUCUGA